ACAGAGAAGAAGGAGACAGAGACAGAGAAGGAGACAGAGACAGAGAAGAAGGAGACAGAGAAGAAGGAGACAGAGACAGAGAAGAAGGAGACAGAGACAGAGAAGAAGGAGGCAGAGAGAGAGAAGAAGGAGACAGAGACAGAGAAGAAGGAGACAGAGACAGAGAAGAAGGAGACAGAGACAGAGAAGGAGACAGAGACAGAGAAGAAGGAGAAAGAGACAGAGAAGAAGGCGACAGAGACAGAGAAGGAGACAGAGACAGAGAAGGAGACAGAGACAGAGAAGGAGACAGAGACAGAGAAGGAGACAGAGAAGAAGGAGACAGAGACAGAGAAGGAGACAGAGCCAGAGAAGAAGGCGACAGAGACCGAGAAGAAGGAGACUGAGAGAGAGAAGGAGACAGAGACAGAGAAGAAGGAGACAGAGACAGAGAAGAAGGAGACAGAGACAGAGAAGAAGGAGACAGAGAAGAAGGAGACAGAGAAGAAGGAGACAGAGACAGAGAAGAAGGAGGCAGAGACAGAGAAGAAGGAGACAGAGCCAGAGAAGAAGGAGACAGAGCCAGAGAAGAAGGAGGCAGAGCCAGAGAAGAAGGAGGCAGCGCCAGAGAAGAAGGAGGCAGAGCCAGAGAAGAAGGAGCCAGAGACAGAGAAGAAGGAGCCAGAGACAGAGAAGAAGGAGCCAGAGACAGAGAAGAAGGAGCCAGAGACAGAGAAGAAGGAGCCAGAGACAGAGAAGAAGGAGCCAGAGACAGAGACAGAGAAGGAGACAGAGACAGAGAAGGAGACAGAGACAGAGAAGGAGACAGAGAAGAAGGUGACAGAGAAGAAGGUGACAGAAAGGGAGAAGAAGGAGACAGAGACAGAGAAGAAUGAGACAAAGACAGAGAAGAAGGAGACAAAGACAGAGAAGAAGGAGACCGAGAGAGAGAAGGAGACAGAGACAGAGAAGAAGGAGACAGAGACAGAGAAGAAGGAGACAGAGAGAGAGAAGAAGGAGACAGAGACAGAGAAGAAGGAGACAGAGACAGAGAAGAAGGAGACAGAGACAGAGAAGAAGGAGACAGAGACAGAGAGAAGAAGGAGACAGAGAGAGAGAGAGAGUAGGAGUGAGAGAGAGAGAGAGAAGAAGGAGCCAGAGAGAGUAGGAGUGAGAGAGAGAGAGAGAGAGAGAGAGAGAGAGAGAGAGAGAGGCAGAGAGAGGAGAGAGAGAGGCGCCAGAGAGAGAGAUUAUUUAUUAAUUUAUUAUUUAUUUUCCCUUUUGUACUUGAACCAUUUGUACAUUGUUACAAUACCGUAUAUAUACAUGGCUCUGGUCUAA